AUGAGUGAAAACGAAGAAGAAAUUGGUUCUAAAAAUACAAGCUCUGGAAAAGUUGAUGAGUGGAAAGUUGUUAUUGUUGGACGAAUGAAAAAUAAUAUUUACGGUUCCAAACCUAAACCACCAAUCGAAAGCUCUAUCGAUAUUAAACAAUGGGCAAUAUUCCAAAAUAAUCUAGAGCAUUUUGUAAAUUUUGAACCAAUUAAAUGGGAUCUAGUUCUUUUAGAUAAUUUUCUUGAGAAAUAUUCUGAAGGUAGUACUCUCGAAGAAUUUAAAAAAUAUUUAGAGGAAAAAGAUAAAACGGGUGAAACAUCAAAAAAAAAUAUUAAAGCAACAGAUAAA